UUGUUCACAACAGUAUCGUUUGGUGUCAACAAAGCUGAAGUUUAUCAUAAAAAUUUCUUCAAAAAAGAAAUAAAAAUUUGAAUUCUCGUUAUGAUUUUAUCAUAUUAGUGUUUUAUAGAACAUAAGAAGAACUAUUAAAGGAUUGUAAAAGGUAUUGUUAUCAGUAUGUAUUUUACACUCUUUCCAUCAAAUAUCCCUGACGGUACAUCUCCAACUAGAUCAAAUAUUUCUUAGAAGAUUAUUUUCAGCAACUCUUAACAGAAAUUUCUGGAUGAUGAAACAUCAAAGAUAAAUGUUAAUUUUAUUAUAUUGAAAAGCUUCUUGCCUUGUUAUGUCUCCAUCUUCAAUGUCAAGUUGGUCUGCUGGCAAUAUUCCAUCAUCAUCAUUUGUUAGUAGCACAACUUCUACCUCAUUUACUCCAACGUAUUCAUGGGCUCAUACUGUACCUACCUAUAUGCCGUGGACUACUACACUACAGACACCAGUAAUGCAGUUUACAGCACCCUUUCCUCCAGAUCCUUGCACUUCACAAACAGCCACUAGUUGGGAACUUUUGCAUAAUCUUGGAACAUCUCAAAAUAAACCAAACAAUCAUCAGCAUUUGAAGAGAAAAAGUGACAGUCCAGAAAACUUAAAACCACCAAAACAGUAUAUCAGCGAAGAAAAAAUGGUAGCACGCCUUAAUGAACUGCACAUCAGCAACAGUAAUAUUGCUUAUGAUUCACAAACACCUACUUUGAAGAAUAAGAAUAUUGAGACAAAGAGGCCUUUCAAAUCUUUGGAAGAGUUAGAGGAAAUGUUAUCCGAUGAAUCAAGUGAAGAAUCAGAUCCAGAAACAGGAGGAAUAACUUUAUCACCUGAAUUGAAAAAAUUAGUGCAGUCUGAUCUGUUUUUAGCAGGAAGUCCUUUGAAAGAACUGAAAGAACCUUCCAUGGCAGUAGUUCUGUGGCAACCACCAGGAGGAAUAUUACCUCAGAAAAUAAAAAGUACAUUUAAUUCAGAAGAAAGAAUAACUGCAUCAAAUUUUCCUGAAAAUAAUAAUAAUGAAGGAACUGUUGACAGAAAUUGUGUGAAUACAAAUAAAACAAGUUGUAAUUCUCCAGAAAUGAAGCCGGCAAUUCCCAUUUCUCCAUUUCCUGAUCCAUUUGAUGCAACUGAUGACGACAUGGAUUUGUGAUCUAUCCCAAAACAAAUAUUAAAAAAAAACUUACAUAGAGCAAGUGC